CGUAUGUCAGUCAACGAAUGUCUAGCCCGUGUGAGCCGAGACCGCCGUCAACGCAUCGAUAAGCUAUUUGGUGGGGACAGUUCCACAAUAGCUAACUUUUUGAAGAAGUCCUCGUUAUUCCUCGCACUCCUGUCCACAGCUCGGAACAUCUCCAUCAAGCCCGUGAUGUUGCUGGAAUCGACUAGACCGGUUGGAUUAACGUGCGGAACACGGACUUCGAGCACGAGUUGGUUUCUGCAGCGCUCUAUGCGGAGAGUGUUCUGAGACAUUUCGGCUGCCUGAAAACGUCCACAUAGGAUUUACCCAGCAGGACAUCGGUAGCCUAUUCGGUUUAAGGAAUUUUGGUCUGUGUAUAUUUAUUCCCAGCCGUUGGAUGGAGUACUUUGGACAGACGUGACCACAAUCAACUUUUAUGGCGUAUUUGGACCUGGCGUUGAGGGAUGGAUAAAUACCAUUCGGUGGAAGUCCAGAUAUUGUAAACACCAAAGCGAGGUUUUUUGAUUUUGUGCCAUUUCAAAAUCAUUGGUUCGAAAACGGACAGAAACUGGAAUAGGCACUUUACGCAUAGUUUCUUCAAUGCUCAUCACAGCCUAGUCUUCGUUCCUUCUGAUUGAAACAUCAGUCUCUACCGACUGUUGUCAGUGUCUCAACUAUAUUCUACUAUCCGGACAUCGUGACCUUUCAAUAGGUCAGUGUUGAGAACUUUGUUAACCAAUGAAUACAAUAAAAACAUCACGCAUAAGUGGCGACCUGACAGGGAGGUAGCGGCGCCUGGUCUCAGCCAGAACACAACGACGAAUCCCUCGCUACAGUGGUCCACCUGGACCACCGACAAACAUUUUCAAAGGACACAAACGAGGGAAAAUAGGAUUUAACAGUUUAAAUUGAGAGAUGUUUAUCAUACGCCACUGUGAGGCAAGCUGUCAGCGCGUAUAACUCACAUGCGCGUCUGUUGAUUUUUUGAGAAGAGACGGGCGACAACAUCGAUUUGCCAUCGAUUUGAAUGCUCUGAUCGCGACUUUAAUCCUGGUGCUUUACUUCAACCUUCCGAAAAUGGCUGGGUCUGGGAGCUGUUGGAAGAAUUACCUCUGGAUUUUGACCAUCCUUUGCAGAUGUGCUUUACCUAUAGCUAAAUCACUGGAGUCGGUGGUAUGGGGCUCGCAGAAUUCCAAUUUUAUCCAGGGGAAGGGUCUGGUCAUCUACCCGGAGAUCGGGGACAAGCUGGACAUCAUUUGCCCCAAGGGCACGGUAGAAAAGCCCUACGAGUUCUUCAAGCUGUACCUGGUGAAGAAGGAGCAGGCCGAGUCGUGUAGCACCGUGCUGGACCCCAACGUCCUGGUGAACUGCAACAAGCCCGAGAAGGACAUCAAGUUCACCAUCAAGUUCCAGGAGUUUAGCCCCAACUACAUGGGCCUGGAGUUCAAGAGGAACGUCAACUACUACAUCACCUCCACGUCCAAUGGGACCCUGGAGGGCCUGGAGAACAGGGAAGGGGGCGUGUGCAGCACGCGAUCCAUGAAGAUCGUCAUGAAAGUGGGGCAGGAUCCCAACGCUCCAGAGACCACGGAACCAGUAAAGCCUGAAAAGGAGCCGGACAGUGUGAAUGAGAUCCCCGCGCCGCCCUCAGACCCCAAGCGGGAAGACAACAACAUACCUGGGGAGACAGGUGAGAGAGGCACCAUGCACGACCGCGACUCGUCCGACGGCAUCUUCAGCUCCAAGCCGGCCCUCUUUGCCACCAUCGGCGCCGGCUGCGUCAUCUUCCUCCUCAUCAUCAUCAUCCUCAUCGUGCUGCUCAUCAAGCUGCGCAAGCGCAGCCGCAAGCACAGCAACCAGCCGCGCGGCACCGCCCUGUCGCUCAGCACCCUGGCCACGCCCAAGGCGGGCGGCGCCGGCUCGGAGCCCAGCGACAUCAUCAUCCCGCUGCGGACGACGGAGAACAAUUACUGUCCCCACUACGAGAAAGUCAGCGGCGACUACGGCCAUCCGGUCUACAUCGUCCAGGAGAUGCCCCCCCAGAGCCCUGCCAACAUCUACUACAAAGUUUGAGGACGAGAGACAGAGACCGAGGCCGAGAGAGGGAGAGACAGAGAGGAGUGGAGCGGAGUGCAGUGGAGGAGGAGUGGAGAGGAG